UUGGUCAUAGUCUAGUCUAUGCUUUCACUUUCUCCACUAUCAACGAGUCCGCUUCGUUCUGCUAGUGUAUUAUUCAGCAAAAUGGCUCACUGGUUCCAUCGCAACGUUUUAAAAGCAACGACAAAUCAUAAAUUCGAAAUAAAAUUGAAGGAGUCUACAGAAGCUACAAAGAAACUUUGCAGCGAUCUGAAGUUGUCAAGAAGCCGAUUGUUGGAUUUAAUACGGGAUGCAAAUAAUACAAGUGAUACAAUUGAACCAGCUUUCGUAGCAUAUCUGAGCCUAUUAUAUGGACUAAUCUGGGAAAUCCAAUCAUCUACCGAACAUAUUGGAAGGCCUGAACCAAGUAAAUUGCGAAAUAUUUUUGUUUUCAAAUGGACUCAUACGCUGCUUGGUUCGCUUACUCACUCUCAUGCAGACUCUGUUUAUGAAGCAGCUAAUAUCAGCAUAAACGUUGCGAUAUGGUUUAUGAAACAUGCUGCAAUGGUUGCCGGGAAAGACGAUAUAAGUAUGGACGAGGCUAAAGAAAUUCAUGGUUUGUUGAGAAGAGCUGCGGGAAUUUUCACCUUUGUACAAACCGAAUUUUUACCCCAACUCUCCAAUCCUCCGAUACUAGGCAGUGAUUUGGAUCCACGUAUUAUGAAUGCUUACAUAAAUCAAUGCACAGCUGAGGCUCAAGAAGUGACAGUAGCGCGAGCAGUUGAGUUGAAACAUAACAAUAAUUUAAUAUCAGCACUAGCCAACGAAACAAGCAAGCUCUUUCUGGAUGCAGCCAAUACUUUGAAACCCUUUAAGCCAGAAAUUUCAGCUCAGUGGAUCAAAUAUCUCGAACUGAAAGCAGCUUUUUACCAAUCCUAUGCAUAUAAUUAUUGCGGCGAGAAUCUCUUAUCUAUGGAUAAAUGCGGUGAAGCAAUAAAAGCUUUGGAAGAAAGUGAAAUUUUUUUGAAUAAAGCUAAAGCUCUUUGCCAGGAAUAUGGUAAAACUCACGGCCCGGCGCCGAGAGUAAAGCCUGACCAACACGCUGUAUUUAAACGACUGGCUCCUCUGGUGAGAAUUACGCUUGAUAAGUGUAGAAGAGAAAACGGUUUCAUAUAUCACCACAAGGUGCCUGGAGAUGUACCGUCAUUGGAAACUAAGGCUACCUAUGGUUUAGUAAGCCCUGUAGACUUUACAAUGCCAGCGCCAAAUCAUCUCUGGAGUGUGCCAGCGUAUAAGAGUUUUGUUGGAGCAGCAGGCGGGGCUACAGGUAAUACGAAAGAGCAUGAUCUACCACCUGUACAGGAAGAAGCGGUGCAUCAAACUACCAAAGAGCCUAAAAAUGAAAGUGGAUGUUUAUUGCAAUAAAAAAUACACAAAGAAAAGUAUUUUGCACACUUUGAACGUACGUGAAUAUAUUUGAAGUUUUAGUAGAUAUUACAGGUAUUUCAGUCGCCUAUGUUAACUUGUGCACGGUACUAUUAAUUUUCCAAGAGUAGUUGGCUUUAAUGAUAAUACCACAGCGUAUGCACAUAAAUUAUUAUGCAAUAAUGAUUACAGCUGAUAACUUUUGCUUGGUUAUAAAUCAAUGUUUUUUAGCUUCUAGCGAUGCAAUAACGUGCAAAUCGUUUCUAUAAAGCUUUAGUAUUAGUUUGAAUAAUAAAUAAUAGUCACUGUUCCUGACCAUCAAGUGCUCUUCAAUGCGUAUAAAUACUAUUUAAACGAUACUUACAGUAUAUUACAGAAAUUUCUGAAAGAUUAAAAUCCAUUGGAUCUAGUCAACCUCCUCGCCUAUGAGAAUAUUUUCAAAAAAUAUUCUCUUCGUUCAUAACUAAUCAUGUCAUUAUCCUAUAGACAAAAAUUUGUUGAAAAUAUUGAAAGAGAGAUUUACCAAUACAGAAUAUAUAUUUACAUUCAUAUUUCACUAAUGGUACUAUUUUAGACUUGACGUUUUAAAUUACCACACUCGCCAAAAGAGUUUAUAUCGUCUGUUGCGGACUAUAAAAAAUAUUUGGCUUAUGCAGUGUUUGGGAAAUGUAAUGAAAAAUGCAAUAAACACAAAAUUUUUACCGAAUAGCGAAAAUCGAUAAGUAUAGCACAAAAAGUGCCGCAAUGACACACAUAUACAUACGUAUAUAUGUAUAUAUAUAUAUAUUAAGGUGGUUCAAAAAAAUACGACCAUCCAAUUUGUUUCGCAGACGCCUUUUGAAAGUUUCGAGUAAACCCAAAUUUCUGCAUGCCUUCCAUAUCCCAGAUUAUUCAAAAAAUAUUAUAACUGCGCUAAGAAACCGUUGAGUAAAGUGCAGAAUAUAAAAUUCUGUCAAUUUUUGGCCUUUUUUCGUACUUUUUCCGAUCUUUUCAAUAAAUUCUCAUGACUUCCGUUUUUGACGGAUUUGAUGGGGAAUUGUGGAAAAAUUCCUCAAGAAAUAGGAUAUUUUACCAGAUUUUCACCAGUGCUUAAAAAACACGUUUACUUGCUCUUGAAAUUUCAUCAAUUCUGGCUUCACUCACUAAAGUCACUCUUAUCGUCGAAUGUCUAUGCUUAUUAAAUAAUGCAGCUUUCUUGGAAAACAAUUGUUAUGUAUAAAAAACUUCAGAACUAUAGAAUCACAAAAUAUUAUGUUUAUCAUGAAUUCUUUAUGCCAGAAAAUGUAUUUUUAUUUAUAAACAUCAUAAAACCAACAGAUCCAAUGUAGCUGAUGAAACUCAUAUUCUAAAGAACUAUUCACUGAAUUUAUUGAAUAGUUCUAUAUUUUUCGAAAUUGAGUAUUCAUGAAUAAUCAAAGAAAUCAUGAACUCUUUGGAGGGGAAAUCAUUUUUUAAAUAAAAACUAAAGCCGCCAAAAAAAAGACCUUUAAACGCAUUUCACGACCUACAAAAGUUGAUCGUAUACGUCCUCCUGCGGCUGCAGCAUUCAUUCAACAUCUCGAAUCUUUCAAAAGGCAUGCGCAAAUAAAAUUGGAUGGUCGUGUUUUUUUGAAC